AUGGCUAUGAUGAAAUCUAUAGUUACACUUCUCCCAAUAUGCUUUGCAUUUUUGAUAUCACAUGGGCUAUCGCAAAAGUCACCAUUUGUUUCUCCUAGAAAUUCGAACUUCGUCGAUAAUAAGGAGUUUGUACUGGAAUGUUGGUCGUCUUUAUUUGACCUAGGGUGGUGCUAUGGUGAUCUUGUAAGGGCUGCAGAAAGAGGCAAAGUUGAUGUUGGUAUCGCGCCAACCUGUUGCAAAGCUGCCAGAAGCAUGGAUUCUGGGUGUUGGUCGAACGUAUUUCCUUACAAUCCAUUCUUCCCUCAAGUCUUGCAAGCAUACUGUUUACGUUUUCCAUCAGCACCUCCUCCACCAUCAGAUGCACGUUCAAGAACACCAGAGCUUCAGGGACCAUCCAUGGCAUCUCCUCCUACACCGGUGAACACAGAUGUGCAACCACCAAAGGCUGAGGGACCAUCCAUGGGGUCUCCUACACCGGUGAACGCUGAAGUGCCAACACCAAAUGCUGAUGAACCAACAUCCAUGGAGUCUCCUACACCGAUGAAUGAAGAUGUUCCAACACCAGAUGUGGUAACACCAAGUGCCGAAGGACCAAUCUUUCUCGCACCAUUUGCUCUACCACCGUUUGCACCAUCUCCAAUUACUGAGGGACUGUUCAUGGAUAUGCCAAGGGGUGAGGGUCCAGUUUAA